GGCGCGGCCCGGAACACGCUAGUGGAGCGGAAGAUGGCGGCGGCGGUGGCGGUGGCGGCUGCAGCCGGGACCCCGGUUUGGCUGAGGCGGAGGAGCCGCCGGCUCUGACUUAGCUCUGGCUCCAGUGCGCGCCGCGGAGCGUGUGCGAGGCCCCGUGCGGAGGGCAGGGGCGGCGGUGGUGGUCAGCGCGCGCCGCCCUGAGGAACGCCCCGGCGGCGCUGCUGCGGCUGAGGAGAGAGCCGGCGGCUCCGGGCCUCGGCGUCCUCCGGCGCCCCGGGCCCCGCGCCUCCUCGGGGGGGCGGCGGCGGCGGCGGCGAUGUUCUCAGUCCUGUCGUACGGGCGGCUGGUGGCCCGCGCCGUCCUCGGCGGCCUGUCGCAGACCGACCCCAGGGCGGGCGGCGGCGGCGGCGGCGGCGGCGGCGGCGGCGGCGGCGGCGGCGGCGGCGACUACGGGCUGGUGACGGCGGGCUGCGGCUUCGGCAAGGACUUCCGUAAGGGCCUGCUCAAGAAAGGCGCGUGCUACGGGGACGACGCGUGCUUCGUGGCCCGCCACCGCUCGGCCGACGUGCUGGGAGUUGCAGAUGGCGUUGGAGGAUGGAGAGACUAUGGAGUGGACCCAUCUCAGUUCUCAGGGACUUUAAUGCGAACAUGUGAGCGGUUAGUAAAAGAAGGACGCUUCGUUCCCAGCAACCCUGUUGGGAUUCUCACCACGAGCUACUGUGAAUUGCUGCAAAACAAAGUACCUUUGCUGGGUAGCAGCACAGCCUGCAUCGUGGUACUGGACAGAAGUAGCCACCGCUUGCACACGGCCAACCUGGGUGACUCGGGCUUCUUGGUGGUCCGGGGCGGCGAAGUCGUGCACCGGUCUGAUGAGCAGCAGCAUUACUUCAACACUCCAUUCCAGCUCUCCAUCGCUCCCCCGGAGGCUGAGGGGGUCGUCCUGAGUGACAGCCCCGACGCUGCUGACAGCACGUCUUUCGACGUCCAGUUAGGAGACAUCAUCCUCACAGCAACAGAUGGGCUCUUUGACAACAUGCCUGAUUAUAUGAUCCUUCAGGAGCUGAAGAAACUGAAGAAUUCAAAUUACGAGAGUAUACAACGGACCGCAAGGAGCAUUGCUGAGCAAGCGCACGAGCUGGCCUAUGACCCAAAUUAUAUGUCACCUUUUGCACAGUUUGCGUGUGACAACGGGUUGAAUGUGAGAGGUGGCAAGCCAGAUGACAUCACUGUCCUCCUCUCCAUCGUGGCUGAGUACACGGACUGAUUGGCCACGCUGGCGACUCCUGCCUUUCCCUUGUUGCCCACUUUCCCUGCCAUGUGUGCUGAUCCUGCUGGCAGGACCACGUUUCUUUGCCACUGAUCUCAGUGGCCAAUGAUGGACGCCUGGCCCAUGUUUGAGACCCAUUGCGAUCCUUGUUGAGAACCACUACUGUCAUCCACUAGCCCGGACCUGCUGGUGACCGCCAAGAGAAUCGAGGUGACUGCUUCCUUCUCCUGGAGGUUUUCAAAGCCUUUUACUUUUCAAAAGCAGUUGAAGUUUUGAGACUAAGUAAUGUUGGUAAAGUGAAUUUAAAAUUUCAGUGUGUUAAAGGGAUGUUAACAUUCAACAAAUAGUAAAUAGUGACACAUUUACCAGAAAACACACGGACCCUCCCAGGAGAAGCCCCGUGUCCCACAGGCACAGUCUCUGCUAGGCCUGGUGUGGCUUCGUGUUUCUGUAUAAACUCCUGUUUUCCAGGAGCCCACAGUCCUGCUCCAAAACUGUGUGCUGGGUUAUGACAUCCCAACCCUAGCAACUUAACGGUUUUAGUUACAAAUUGGAAGAAAAUUUUCGUUCUCUGGAUGCAGAUAUUUUGUGCUUUUUAAAAAGAUGCUUACUGUGCUCCUGUGAUUGAAGCUGUGGCAGUUUAUGAUUUGUCCAGGUCACAGGCUGGAGGCCCAGCCCACAGGAGGGAUAGAGGAAGGAGACUCCUUACCAAAAUCUACUAACAGAAAUGCAACACAAAAUUGCAAAACUCCUUAAAGCCUGAGAAUCAAAUGCUGCAGCUGAAGUCGUCGGCUCUGCCUGUGAGGAUGCUACCGGCCUUCCCGGGCAAGAGUGUGCAGCUGCAGCUUGGAAUGGGAUUGGCUGUGGACAGCCUUGCUCCUUCCCUCAGGAGCCUCACACCCUUAGAGCAUGCCCCAACUGUGCUGUGUCCUCAAGGUGACAGCGUGGUGGCUGCAGCACACAGAGUCCACAGGAAAGCUAGUGAUGACCUGACAUUCGCGGUGACCCCAGCUGAGUGUGGGGUUCUGAGUCCAGCUUAAUGUUUACAGUUCCAAUAGCCAUUUGCAGUAGGUAACGUUCCUUCUCAGAUUUCCCCAUUACUUGUGAGUGCAAACUUACUUUGAAGGUUUGUGUACAAUUGACUGCUGUAAAGAUACAUAUUUUUGGGUCCGUUCUUUCCCUUCUUUACCUUGGUGGUAGAAAACCAUAUAUACUGAGAAGCCCCUAAGUUAAAGCCGUGUUUUCUGUGCAAGUCAGGUGACGUUGGUGUGAAGAUCACGUGAGCAGCCACACAGCCCUUCCUCUGCAGGAGACACUGGCUCCCUGGUUACUGCAUUGAACUUGUGUUUGAGGUGACCUCAACUUGUUUUUAAAAGAUUUUGUCUGUGAGUUUGUAUAUUUGAGUAGCUGUCUCUUGUUUUAUUUAAAUUGUUUACCAUGUACCAUGUACAUGUCAUUGCUGUAUCUCAGUGCAUCAAUGCUUGUAACAGGCAUUUCGUUGAUAAGAAUGAGUUACUCAUUUGUAAGCUGUUCAGUAAUUUAUCUACUAUUCCUAAAUUGGCAUAAUGUUAGAUUCCUAUUUUGAAUCACCUUUAAUUACAUGUCAGAAUGCCUUAACUACCCUAACCUGACAACACUGAGUUCUUUGGUGAGGAGAUACAGGGGCCGGGUAUGGAAGGAGACUGGGAUAAGGAGAUGUCAUGCUCUGUUGACAACGGAGCAUGAGGGGCACGUGGUGGGUAUUUAUUUUGCACAAACUUUUUGCAGUGUCCGUGUUUGAAACAGUAAGGUUGCAUCCAGAUGGGGUGUGUGUGUGACCCUAGGACCGACUACUUCAACUCUCCUGUGUGGUCUGUAAUUAGUUUCUGGUCAGAAGUAUUGUAGCCUUACAAUCUGGAUAUAUUUUGCAUUAAUUUUCCAAUGCCAACAUUUAAUUCCUGCUAAGAGCAGAGCUGGUCAAGUCACUGGCUUUUUUUCUGCUCUUAUUUAGCCCAUCAAGCAAUCUUUAUAAAGGUAGAUUGGUGUAUUUUAUACAACUUAGUCAGAAAACUCACUUUUCUGAGCAGUGAUUGUUAGAAUUGGACAGUGGACUGUUCUAGUACACUGAAACCCAUGGGACAGGCAUUGAGAUUCAGAGUGAAGAUUACUUUGGGCCUGGCGCGUGGACUAGUGACAUUACAUAUUCCAUUUGCUUCUCCCCUGUCCUUUUUGUUAUACACUUAAUCUUAUGAUUGUCGGAGGUCAGGUGGAGUGUGCCGCCUCACACUCGCCAUGGCCAGGGGCUGUCACACACCCCUUGCUAGGUCCGAUUUGGAACCUGGUGUGUGCGUGCAUUGUAUUUUAAAUCAAGCAACGUAAGCACUCAUAUUUGUCUCACGGAGUGAACUUUUAUAACAAAAGAGAAAUUUGGAUUUUAAUUUACAAAUGGCAAAUUAUUUAUCCCUCUCUGGAUGCACCAAAGACCAGUAAAGUUUAUAGCUUUUCCAUCUAUAUUUAUAAAGCAAUACUGUAUUAUAAAAAAAAAAUCACUAUUUUUAUCACAUGCUUGAAAUUUUUAUUUUGUUCUGUUUUAAAAAUGUGCACUCUAAACAUAUCAGAACCUUAUUUCUUCCUAUGAACUGAAGCUGCCUGCGCACAAAAAAAUAAGUAAGAUUACCAAAUGGAGAUGAAGUAGCUAGAGUCCCUAGGCUCUUAGAAAUGGAAAGCAGCGAGGGUAAAAACAAGGUCUGUCCCGAGGCACUGUGCAUGCUUGACUUGGUUGAUAGGUUCCUAACUCGAAGAAUCCAUUCCAGGUGUGCGUGUCUGGAGUAGAGACUGAGUAUGAGCUUUCUGAGGCAGGAGAGUGCCCUUUUCUGCUGCUGCCCUCGUUCUGGGUAGAGUAAGUAGGCAGUGAGAGCUCACAGGGCUGCCAUCCCGGCGAGUGUUGAGGUGGCCGGCAGGAUUGGAUAGGGCUGUAGGUGUUUGUACUUUUGGGUAGGUUCAUGGCUCCUUGUCACUGUACGCCAGCUAUCUUUGGCAAAGUUAGAACACUCAGUUUCUCUGGAGACUGUCACAGUUUUGCAUUUAAGAAAAAUUUUGCAAUACCAAGAAAAAAAACUGCAUAAAAAGCAAAAUAUGAACCAGAAGACAUUUGGAUUCUGUUUCUUUCCAAAAAGUCAAUUUAUCACAAAAUUGAACUUCUCAACUAAAGCAGUGUCCAUGUCAAGAUGUCACUGUUAGCAGGUAGUUUGUGGUAAAGGCAACUAAGUGACGAAGCGAAUCUGAAUGUGUGUAUGCUGAUGAGCUGUGUUUUCUGUUGAGACUAUCAUCGUUUGUCCUACCUACCAGAGGCAAUGACCUGAGUCGAUGUUUGAAUUAUAACUUAUGCAGGAAUAGUUCUGUAAAUACAUUUCAAUAAACUGUAAAGAUAUUUAAUAAAUAUAGUAUUUAUACUAA